GCCGCGCGCGCCCGCCUCAGCCGAGCAUGUCGCACGGACAGGAGAUGGAGAAAACCAUCAAGGAAACUUCCAUUUUAGAGGAAUACAAUAUUAACUGGACUCAGAAGCUGGGAGCUGGAAUUAGUGGCCCCGUUAGAGUCUGCAUGAAAAAGUCAACGCAAGAACGAUUUGCUCUGAAAAUUCUUCUUGAUCGCCCAAAAGCUAGAAAUGAGGUACGUCUGCACAUGAUGUGUGCAACACAUCCAAAUAUUGUUCAAAUUAUUGAAGUUUAUGCUAACAGUGUGCAGUUCCCUCAUGAAUCCAGUCCCAGGGCUCGACUCCUAAUUGUAAUGGAGAUGAUGGAAGGGGGAGAGCUAUUUCACAGAAUCAGCCAGCACCGGCACUUUACAGAGAAGCAAGCCAGCCAAGUAACAAAGCAGAUAGCUUUGGCUUUGCAGCACUGUCACUCGUUAAACAUUGCACAUAGAGACCUCAAACCUGAGAAUCUGCUCUUCAAGGAUAACUCUCUGGAUGCUCCUGUUAAGUUGUGCGAUUUUGGAUUUGCCAAAAUAGACCAAGGUGACUUGAUGACACCACAGUUCACUCCUUACUACGUAGCUCCUCAGGUAUUGGAGGCACAAAGAAGACAUCAGAAAGAAAAGUCUGGUAUUAUACCUACCUCGCCUACCCCCUACACCUAUAACAAGAGCUGUGACUUGUGGUCCCUGGGGGUGAUUAUUUAUGUGAUGCUGUGCGGAUACCCUCCUUUUUACUCCAAACAUCACAGUCGGACAAUCCCAAAGGACAUGCGGAAAAAGAUCAUGACUGGAAGCUUCGAGUUUCCCGAGGAAGAAUGGAGCCAGAUCUCAGAAAUGGCAAAAGACAUUGUGAGAAAGCUGCUGAAGGUCAAGCCCGAAGAGCGCCUGACUAUUGAGGGGGUGUUGGACCACCCCUGGCUAAACUCAACUGAAGCCCUCGAUAACAUCCUGCCUUCCGCUCAGCUGAUGAUGGACAAGGCAGUGGUUGCUGGAAUCCAACAAGCUCAUGCAGAGCAGCUGGCCAACAUGAGAAUCCAGGACUUGAAAGUCAGCCUCAAACCACUGCACUCUGUCAACAACCCCAUCCUCAGGAAGAGGAAAUUGCUUGGCACUAAGCCAAAGGACAAUGUUUAUAUCCAUGACCCGGAGAAUGGAGCAGAAGACUCCAACGUGGCUUUGGAAAAGCUUCGAGACGUCAUCGCUCAGUGUAUUCUACCCCAGGCUGGUAAAGGUGAGAAUGAAGACGAGAAGCUGAACGAGGUGAUGCAGGAGGCGUGGAAGUACAACCGGGAGUGUAAACUGCUGCGGGACACUCUACAGAGCUUCAGCUGGAACGGCCGCGGAUUCACAGAUAAAGUGGAUCGACUAAAACUAGCGGAAAUCGUGAAACAAGUGAUUGAGGAGCAGACCGCCUCUCAUGAGGCCCAGUAGCUACAGCUUCAGAACAUUUAGGGUUUUUUUUUUUAUAUUUUGAGAAAUGAUUCCUUAACUGUACAGAGUAAUUUUUAUGUAAAUGAAUAAAUCAUAAUUUCAUGAAAUUUCCACACUGCUUGAAAAUGCUGUAUAGGUGUAGAUACAAGAAUCAUCGGUACUGUAAUAUUUUUUUAAAAGAAGCUCAGUUCUUAGAGGUAUAUUAUCACUUAUGCACUGUUCAUUCUGACGUCCUGCAGACAGGACAAGAUCAUGUUGUCAAGAUCCUGUGACUUGUAACCAAACGCAGAAGCCAAUUGCCAGUGAUCUGCCCAUAACCAGCUGCAGUGACCUUUCUAAGUCAGCACUUGAAACAACAACUGUGGAAUGUAACCUUAUAGGCAACUGCGCAUGUCCCUGCCGUCCCGGCCACCCCUGAUAACCAAGGAAGCCCUUUGGGCUUUCAUUCCAUGAUCUGCCCCAGGGACGGCUCUGGCAACGAGCACAUCUCCCACCUUCAUCCUUCCACUUAACGUGCCGCGCGCGCCUGGGCUAGGGUAGUCGUGGUUUGCAGAGUUUGGCUCUCAUUUCUCCCCCUCUUCUUCCUCCUGGGGGGAGGCGGGGAGUGCCACGGUCCCUAAGAUAUUCCCACUUUCGUAACUGCUGUGACAGACUUGGGCUGUCUUAAGAAUCAUUAAGCAGGAAACUCGUUCUCUUUUAUUUAUCCUUUCUGGCCUCUUUCACCCCCUGGACAGCUCUUGGGUUUGUUUUCCCAGACCAAAGGAGGAGCCUGCCUCUCCCUUUUCCCUUGUCCUGUCACUACCACCCUCUUUUUUUCCCUGUUUGCUACUCUUUGCUCCUCCAGCUCUCCACUAUUUCUAAGCCUCUUUCCUGUGAGAAAGCUACUCGUAUUUUGCCCAUUGGUUUCUGAGUUCAUCCAGCCUCGUCUUCAGUGAGUUGUCUUCUGAGAUGCACCCGUACUAUCUCUCUGGGUGAUUCAAGAGACCUCAGUCCUGGGCUGCUUCUUCAGUUGCUACUCUGGUUGGCUUAACCGUGGCUCAGAACACUGCUCUGCUAAUGAAACAUAAACACCGUCUUCUGUGCCUCGUUUCCUCUCCAGAGCAGCCCGAGACUUCUUUGAGGGAAUUGGGAGGGCAGGUCUUGAGAAGCAGCGUGGCCUAUUGGAAAGAACACUGGGCGUGAGAGUCA